UCUAAUCUGCUCUACCAUGGCUCCUCUUUUCUUUUUCCCUUUGAUUAUGCUUUCCAUCUCCAUAUUUUCAAUCACCGCUCUUCCUAACUCCUAUCAACACCAACAACAAUCGCUCUUGCGGUUCAAAGAUGCCAUCUACCACAAUAGCACUACUUCUCUGCCCGACUGGAUUCCCCAUGUACCCCUCUGCAAUUGGUCUGGUCUUUCCUGCGACCCCUCCUCUCACUCUCUCCUUUCCCUGAAUUUAUCCUAUAUGAAUUUAGACGGCACCGUCUCUCCUGUCUUAGGAAAUCUCUCCUCUCUUCGAUCCCUCUAUCUCUUUGCCAAUGCCCUCACUGGUCACAUCCCACCUCAACUCGGCCAACUGUCCUCUCUUCGAUACCUAGAUCUAUCCAACAAUGCCCUCACUGGUCAAAUUCCACCUCAACUCGGUCAACUCUUCUCUCUUCGGUACCUGGAUCUCUCCGGCAAUGCCCUGACUGGUCACAUUCCACCUCAACUCGGCCAACUUCCCCGUAUGGAGAUAUUAUACCUGCAGCAGAAUCAAUUACAGGGAACAAUUCCACCCUCUCUCUCUGGUUGCCGCAGUUUGUAUUGCCUGGCACUCUCUUAUAACCACCUGCAUGGAAGCAUUCCGCCUGAGCUGGGUCGCCUUACAAGUCUGAAAUAUCUUUAUUUAGGAGCAAACAAUCUCACAGGCACCAUUCCCCAUUCUUUAGGCAAUCUAUCCACCUUAGUUCAAUUGGAUUUGUAUGAAAAUGAUCUCACAGGUGCCAUUCCCCCAACUUUGGGCAUGCUCACUCACCUGCAGGUUCUUUACCUUUAUUCAAAUAACUUAUCAGGCAACAUCCCCAGCUCUUUAGGAAAUCUCUCAAACAUGAGAGAUCUAGAAUUGGCAGAAAAUGAUCUCAUGGGUACUAUUCCCUCUGAAUUGGGCAUGCUAAGCCACCUACAGGUUCUUCUUUUUUAUAGAAAUAACUUAUCAGGUAGAAUUCCCAGCUCUUUAGGAAAUCUCUCAAAUUUGAGAGAUCUAGAAUUGGCAGAAAAUAAUCUUAAAGGUGCCAUUCCCACCUGUUUAGGAAAUCUCUUAAAAUUGAGAACGCUAAUCUUGUCAGAAAAUGAUCUUACAGGUAUCAUUCCGUCUGAAUUGGGCAUGCUCACUCACUUGCAAGUUCUUUACCUUUCUCUUAACAACUUAUCAGGAACCAUUCACAGAUUCUUAGGAAAUCUCUCAACAUUGACAGAUUUAGACUUAUCAGGAAGCCAUCUCGAAGGCCCCAUUCCUCCUGAAUUGGGCAUGCUCACUCACCUGGAGACUCUUUAUCUUUACAAUAAUAACUUAACAGGCACCAUUCCCACCUCUUUAGGAAAUCUAUCCAGAUUGACUAUUUUGGUCUUGUCAGCCAACCAUCUUGAAGGCCCCAUUCCUCCUGAAUUGGGCAUGCUUACUAAGCUUCAGUGGCUUCACCUCUUUACAAAUAGUUUAUCAGGC